CACCGUGAAGAAAAGCAGGGGACCCGCUGCUCUCUCUCCUCCCGCACGGCAGGACCGGGCGAGCUCGCCCCGCGGAGCGGCCGCCGCCGGCGGGGGCUGGCAAAGCCCUAGCCCAAGAGACCUUCCCAGCGUGCAGGAGGGAUCUGGGUGUGUUCCCCAUGGAGAUCCGACGCGCUUUACCCCAGGAUAUCCGGGAGCUGCUGCACUGCUUGAAGAUGAGGAGCAAGUACGCCGUCCUGCUGGUCUUUGUCAUCAGCCUCGUCAUCAUCGAGAAGGAGAACAACUUCAUCUCCAGGGUGUCGGACAAGCUGAAGCAGUCCCCGCAGGCACUGGCAGAGGCCAACAGCACGGAGGUCAGCCCAGCACCGGCCAAGAACGGCUCACUGGCCUCGCUGCAGGAGCUGGACGCUGCCUUCUCCCAGCUGAGGUCCCACCUGUACAACAUCACCCUGCAGCUGUCGGGUGACGCCAACCCCGGCCCACGGCGGCACGUCCUGCUGAUGGCCACCACCCGCACCGGCUCCUCCUUCGUUGGGGAAUUCUUCAACCAGCAGGGCAGCAUUUUCUACCUCUUUGAGCCCCUCUGGCACGUCGAGAAGACAGUGACCUUCCUGCCGGGGGGAGCCAGCGCGGUGGGCUCAGCCUUGGUUUACCGAGACGUCCUCAAGCAGCUCCUCCUCUGCGACCUCUACAUCUUGGAGAACUUCAUCUCGCCGGUGCCCGAGGGCCACCUGACGCCCUUCUUAUUUCGGCGGGGCUCCAGCCACUCGCUGUGCGAGGAGCCCGUCUGCACACCCAGCACCAAGAAGGUCUUCGAGAAGUACUACUGCAAGAACCGCCGCUGCGGGCCCCUCAACAUCACGCUGGCGGCCGAGGCGUGCCGGCGCAAGCAGCACGUGGCCCUGAAGACCGUGCGCAUCCGGCAGCUGGAGUUCCUGCAGCCGCUGGUGGAGGACCCUCGGCUGGACCUGCGCAUCAUCCAGCUGGUGCGGGACCCCCGCGCCGUGCUGGCCUCGCGCAUGGUGGCCUUCUCCGGCAAGUACGAGACCUGGAAGAAGUGGGCAUCCGAAGGGGAGGCCCCUCUGCGCGAGGAGGAGGUGCAGAGGCUGCGGGGCAACUGCGAGAGCAUCCGACUGUCGGCGGAGCUGGGGCUGCGGCGGCCGGGCUGGCUGCGGGGCCGCUACAUGCUGGUGCGCUACGAGGACGUGGCGCAGGCGCCGCUGCUCAAGGCGCGGGAGAUGUUCCGCUUCGCCGGGCUGCCCCUCACCCCGCAGGUGGAGGAGUGGAUCGGUAAAAACACGCAGGCUCCCCACGACGGCAACGGCGUCUACUCCACGUGCAAGAACUCCUCGGAGCAGUUCGACAAGUGGCGGUUCAGCAUGCCCUUCAAGCUGGCGCAGGUGGUGCAGGAUGCCUGCGCCCCCGCCAUGCAGCUCUUUGGCUACAAGCUGGCCAGCAGCCCCGCGGCGCUGGCCAACCGCUCCUUCAGCCUGCUGGAGGAGGCACAGCCCGCCUGGGUCACGUAAAUGUGCGGGGCCACGGCGGCGGGGCGGAACGAGGGGCUGCGGCCGCGCUCCCGGCCGGUCCGGAGACGACCUGGGGGUCCCUGCUCCCAAAAAUGCUCCUCGCUGCUGCCAGAUGGCAGCCCCGGGAGCCAGAGCAUCCUGGCAGAGCUGGUCCCAGGGUCCUGCAGAGCCUGAAUUGCACAGUUUCUCCGGGAAUGGGGAAAUGGUAAGGGUGAGGGGCGGUGGGGUUGGCAACAGGGCCACCUCCCCAGCUCGAGAGCUGCACUGAGGAAGAGGAGGAUGACAGCAAGGCAGAGAGGGACAGGACCAAGCACCUCUGCCUUGCCACCCCCAUGCCAGCUGGGACAGGGCAAGGACAAAAUCCCUGUGGUGCCAGCAAGCACCCAGACCCCACAGACCUUCUUGGUUUAGUGCCUUCUUCAUACACCAGCACAGACUGGAAACUGCCCACAGAGCCCUGGAUGGCACUUGGGCUGCAACAAAAUGAGGUGACUAUGGUUUGAUAUUCUUCAAACUUGGUUUUGGAGGUUUGGGUUUUAUUUCCUUUUUUUUUUUUUCCCCUGUGUAUUUGCAUACCAGGUGGAUUUAUUUAUUUAUUAUGUGCAAAGGAGGGGGAUGCUGAUCAAGGAGCGAAGCCCAAAAAUCAGAGCAGCACGAAGGGAGACACUCAGAAAAGAGGUUUUAGCUGGAGACCACCAUGUGUCCUCCUGUGUGAUCCUGGGAGAGUCCCCAGGGACUGACUGGCUGUAACCCCCCACAGCCCCCACGGGGCAGCGACCGUGAAAUUCAAAAUUCGGCGGUGCUGAAAAACUGUCAGACUUAUCUGAUUAAAAACAAAACACCAGCGCAGAA